AUGGCAAAUUUUAAGGGCCACGCUCUCCCAGGGAGUUUCUUUCUAUUGUUUGGCCUCUGGUGGUCAGUGAAAUACUCGCUAAAACAUAUCAGCAGGACACCGAAGAAGAACGGUCACGUACAGUGGAACUUCAAACGAGUGGAGGUCAUCGAAGGGGCAGCCAAAGUGGGAUUUGCAUUGAUAGGGAUUCUUGCUGAGCAGUUUGUCCCCGAUGGACCCCACCUCUAUCUCUACAGUGGGCAACCUCGAAGUUGGGUGAAGUUGAUGAACUGGCAACAUUCCACCAUGUAUUUAUUCUUUCUGAUCUCUGGAGCAGCAGAUAUAGUCACCUAUUCCUCGACCUUAAUGCCUAUUGGGCUGGACCGCUUCAUGCUUGGUAUUGCACUUUUUGUGGAAGGCUUCCUCUUCCAAUAUCACACCAGUCACCGGCCAAUGCUUGAUCAACACAUCCAUGCCAUGCUCCUGACGGCCAUCUUUGCUGGCGUUGCCACUUGCUUCGUACAAGUCUUUGUGCAUCACAACUUGGUUUUGGACUUAUUUGCAGUCAGCCUGGCUCUCUUGCAAGGAACCUGGUUUUGGCAGAUAGGUUUUGUGUUGUAUCCACCAUGGGGAGGACCAGAAUGGGAUCUGAAUGACCACAGCAACAUAAUGUUCAUCACCAUGUGCUUUUGCUGGCAUUAUGCCCUUGCAAUCCUCAUUACGGCAGUGAAUUAUUUCCUGGUUUAUUGGUAA